UCUUGGUAAGCAAAAACAAACACGAAAAGAGGAAAAGGAAAAAAAGUCAUCCAAGAUUAAUCUUAACUUAAUUGCAUUCAUCCAUCGUGUUUGAAGCUUGAAACAAUAUGAAGACCAUGAUAUCCAAUCUUCCUGUGGACUUGCUAGAGGAGAUUCUCUCUAGGGUUCAGGUGAAAUCAAUAAGUAAAGUACGAUCUACUUGCAAAAACUGGAACGUCUUAACUAAGGAUCAGAGAUUUGCCAAUAAACAUAUUGAAAAAGCAAGAGCAUCACAACAAGAAAAGGAGGUUCUUGUGAUCACUGGGGAUACCAACUAUGAUUUGAUCAACGUCAAAUUCUACGACUUUCACAACAAAACCUUUGGUCCAUCCACAAAAAGCAACGGUAUACUUAUUACCCAACAAAACUCAGAUUCAGGAGUCUUUGUACGUGAUAUCUUUUAUUGCAAUGGUUUACUGCUAUGCGUAUUGGGAAACGUCAAACUUAGGCUUUUGGUUUGGAACCCAUAUUGGGGUAAAACAAGAUGGAUCAAAUCCCCAACAAAACGUUCGGGUGAGAGGGGUGAGAGGUUUGCUUUUGGAUACGACAAAUCAUCUCGUACCCACAAAAUUCUUAGGUUAAGCAAAUAUGAUGAUGAUCUCUUCAUCCACAUGGACAUCUACGAUUGGAGUUCUGAUUCAUGGAAGACACCUCAUCCUGAUGCAGCUUUUCACAGCAAUGUAAUAGACCAGUCUAUAAAGUAUACUAAACCUGGCGUGUCUUUGAAGGGAAACUCUUACUGGCAUGCUAAAGAUAAGAAAUCAGGAAGGAAUUUCUUACAGUGUUUUGAUUUUACGAGAGAGAGGUUUGGACCGCGUCUGCCUAUACCAUUUGAGUUUGCUCCUGGAUUCUAUGCGUCUCUGUCUUCCUUUAGAGAAGAGAAGCUUGCACUGUUGUUAGACCUACGGGAUAGAAUUGGGAUUACUGUUUGGGUUACGGAUAAGAUCGAGCCCGACGCUGUGUACUGGAGCAAGUUGUUCAGAGUUGAAACGUUGCAAUUACGCUAUCGUGGUUUUAUGUUUGGGAGUUUCUUGAUUGACGAGGAGAAGAAGACAGUUGUGGUUUUUGGUGGUUACGAAGGAUGUUACAAAAAAAGUGAAUAUAUCAUUGAUGGAGAGAGUGGUGAUUUCAGACAAGUGGAGAGAAUAGGUUCUCACUACUCGAAACUUUUCAAUCUUGUGAGCUGUUAUGUUCCAAGCUCUGUGCAAAUCUAAGUUUAAGUCAUCUCUCUCCUUUUAUGAUCAUGGCUGCUUCUUGUUUUCUUUUGAAACUCAAUUGGUUUGACAUCUUCUAUUAU